AUGCGAGUAUCUAGGCAAUAUGAGGAGCAAGAGGAAGAAAGGGGGUGGUCCCUCGAGCGCGCUUGGCGCACUCUCAACCGCAAGUCGUUUUCCGAAGCUGUCUCGCUUCCCGGCGCCUCGCCACGCACUGGCGAUUCGAGCUGUGUCAGAGGUUUCGUGACACCUAACAGCGGGGAUGGCGCUAGCGGAAGGGGCGCGGGGCUAUGGGUGGAUCGGUUUGCGCCCAAGCAGGAGGGCGAGCUGUGCACCGUGCACAGGUGCACCUUCUUCCCGCACGGUGCACGCGGGGCUGUGGGUGGAUCAGCCGUGCAUCGCAAGAAGGUGCAGGAGGUGGCGCAGUGGUUCGAUGCACACUUCGGCCCACCUGCCACGCACAGGCCGGUGCAGCAGAGCAAGAGAAAAGGCGGCAAGCACAAGGCGGCAGGAGGGGAGCACAAGGGCGAUGCCAGUGGAAAGCACACUCUCAUCUUUUGCCAUGUUGUCUGCACUGCAUGCACGGUGCCAACGCGGGAUGUGCUGGAUGCGUUGAUCAGCGGAGGAGCUCACAAGGUGGAGUUCAACCCCAUAGCACCAGGCGCCAUGCACAAGGCGCUGGCGGCUGUAGCAGCUGCGGCAGCCCCGGCUGUAGCGGCUGUGGCGGACAGCAGUGCGGGGGACCUGCGCCAUGCCAUCUCCCAGCUACAGCUGCUCUCCCUCUCCACCCGCCACUCCCCCAACCACACGUGGGACCCUGGGGUUGCUGCUGCUGCGGGCAGGUGCAGUGUAUUGAUGGGGGGAAGGAUUCUCUGUCCCGCCGCGCCGCAGCGGGAGGUCAUACCCGCACGCUCUUGCUGCACGGUGCAGGGAGCAUCGCAGAAGAAGAGUAGCGGCAGCGCGUCGGGCAACAUGGUGGCGGAGGUGCAGCUGGCGGUGGGCAGCAUGACGUGCGCGGCGUGCGCGGCGUCCAUCGAGAAGGCGCUGAUGCGCGUCGACGGCGUGUCGCGGGCCGUGGUCGCACGGCUGGCGAACGACAUCGCGGCAGCGGUGGAGGAUUUUGGGUUCGACGCUACCAUCAUGGACGAUCCGCUCUCCGCCGCCUCCGGCGCCCUUCAUCCCGCGGGAGGGGCGCGCCCUUGCCGCCUGCGCAUCCCCGACCUGCUGCUCGUCGGCUCCGCUGGCUAUCUGGAGGAAAUGUUACAGGGCCAUGCGGGCGUGUUAUCCGCGACCGUCUCGCUCUCCACGGCGGAGGCGCACGUCAUCCUCGAUUCCGCCGCGCUCUCCCCCGCCGAUCUCCUUGCCGCCGUGCACCACGCGGGCUUCCCCUCCGCGCAUCUCCUCGACGACUCCGCCGCUUCCGCCGACGCGCCUCAGGCGCACACUCUCCGCUACCGCCUGCACGGCCUCGCCGCCGCGGCUGCUGACUCUGCACUGCCCGCGCGAUCCUCCGUGGGAUGGAACAGAUCGCCGCGCGGAAUCGCAGCUGGCCUCGCGCGCGCGGCACCGCUUCCGCUGCCCGCGCGCAUAGAAGCGGUGCUGUGCUCGCUGCCAGGAGUGUCGGCCGCCGCAGUGCGCGCGGAGAGCGAGACGGCAGCGGUGACGUUCGACCCGGACCGCACGGGCGCGCGCGACAUUCUCGAGGCGCUGCAGGCGGAAGUGGCGGGGGUGGGCGGCGUGGGGAAGGUGGAGCUGGCGGAGAGCGACCUGGUGUUCACGGUGCCUGUGUUCCUGCUCGCCAUGGUGCUCAACCACAUCCCGCCCUUCGACGACUGGCUCAUGACUCCCGUCAUCAACUCGCUGAACAUCGGCAUGCUGCUGCGCGGGGUGCUAACAGCGCCAGUGCAGUUUGUGGUGGGGUGGCGGUUCUACGUGGGGGCAUUCUACGCGCUGAGGAGGCGAGCAGCCAACAUGGACGUGCUGGUGGCCAUCGGCACCAACGCCGCCUUCUUCUACUCCCUCACAGCCCUCAUCUAUGCUGCCAUGCACAUCCCCGACCCCCCAUCCCCCGCCGGGCCGCCUCCCAGCGCCGCCGCCACCGCUGUUGCUGCUGCUGCUACGAGCGCUGCCAGUGCUCUUGCUGUGCACAUCAGCGGCGGCGGUGGCGCGGUGACGCGCAUAAUCAUGGAGGUCAUGGGGGGGGGUUGGGAGGCGUCUGCGCCUGCUUCUGCAGCUGCGCCUCCGCCUGCAUCUGCUCCCACAGGCACGAGGGAUGAUUUCUUUGAGACGAGCGCCAUGCUGAUCUCGUUCAUCAUACUGGGAAAGUACCUGGAGGCCGUGGCACGCGGCCGCACGAGUGACGCCAUCAGCAAGCUACUCAACCUCGCCCCUGCCACUGCUGUGCUGCUCUCCGUGGAAAAGGCCGCGCAGGCGGGCGCGGUUGGCCCGGCAGAAGGGAGCCCUGUGGGAGGAGGCGAGUGGAACGCGGAGCGGGAGGAGGAGCGGUUGAUGGGUGAGGCUGGGAAGGAAGAAGGGGAGGAGAUGCGCGUGGUGGGCGAGCGGGAGAUAGCGGCGGCGCUGAUUCAGCGCGGGGACAUCAUCCGGGUGGUGCCGGGCGGCAAGAUGCCGGUGGAUGGCGUGGUGGUGUGGGGACACACUUAUGCCAACGAGAGCAUGGUCACGGGGGAGGCCCGCCCCGUGCUCAAGGGCGUGGGCAGCAACGUCAUCGGCGGCACGCUCAACCUGGACGGCAGUGUGCACGUGCGUGCUACACGCGUGGGCGGCGAGACAACGCUGGCGCAGAUAGUGAAGAUGGUGGAAUCGGAGCAGAUGGCGAAGGCGCCCAUUCAGCGCAUGGCGGACCAGAUCUCCGCCGUCUUUGUGCCCACUGUCGUGCUGCUGGCGCUCGUGGUGUUCCUCGCAUGGCUCAUAGCGAUGAAAACGGAGAUCUUCCCUAAGAACAAGGUGCCAGAGCACAUGUCGGAGUUCGAGCUGGCUCUGCAGUUUGGCAUCGCAGUGCUGGUCAUCGCAUGCCCGUGCGCGUUGGGUCUCGCCACGCCCACAGCAGUCAUGGUGGCCACGGGGGUGGGCGCGCAGCAGGGCAUUCUCAUCAAGGGCGCCGAUGCUCUCGAGAGGGCGCACAAGCGCAAACAAACCGGACGGGAUUUGGCAAGUCGCUUUGCUCCUCUGUGCUUUCACUGCUGUUGUGUGCCCAUACAAUUUAUUCAACGUCCUGUCUCCCUGUCCCUGCAUGUGUCCGUGUGCCCACGGCAACAGAUAGAGGCGGUGGUGUUUGACAAGACGGGCACGCUCACACAGGGCAAUCCCAGCGUUAUGACCACGGCGCUCUUCACCUCGCGCCUCGCCAUGCCCGACCUGCUCGCGCUGCUCGCUGCUGCUGAGGUGUGCGGUUUUUCAUGUCUCGUCGUGCUCUCACGCACCCAUCCACCUCAUUUGCCUACCUCACCUGCUGUUGAUCAAUGCGGCCUCUCCUCUGGCCUGGCCACUGCUGCCCCUGCUCACAAUGCUACCAAAGGCAGCAGCAGAGGGGACCUUUCGUCACUUCCUCCAGUCGACUCCUUCCACUCCAUCCCAGGCUACGGAAUCGUCUGCCAAAUCAGUGGCCGCCACGUGGCAGUGGGCAACUUAAAGCUGAUGAGGGAUCCUCCUGCCAUCGACCCCUCAUCUGAGCCUUCCUCCACCGCUCCUCCCAGCACGGCGCUGCUGCCCGUGGCACCACAGGCGGAGCGCUGGUUGGAGGAGGUGCAGGCAGAGGCGCAGACAGGCAUCCUGGUGGCGUUGGACGGGCAGGUGGUGGCGGGCGUGGCGGUGGCAGACCCGGUGAAGCCUGAGGCAGCGCCCGUGGUGGCUCUGCUCAAGGCCAUGGGCAUGCACCCCGUGCUCGUCACCGGGGACAACUGGGGCGCCGCUAAAGCAGUCGCGCGCGCCGUGGGGAUAGCGGAGAGCGAUGUGGUGGCGGAGGCGGUGCCACAGCACAAGGCGGAGUAUGUGCGGCACAGGCAGGCGGAGGGGCAGCAGGUGGCCAUGGUGGGCGACGGGGUCAAUGACUCCCCCGCGCUCGUCGCAGCUGAUGUGGGCAUUGCUAUAGGCGCCGGUACAGAUAUCGCGAUAGAAGCAGCUGACGUGGUGCUCAUGCGCUCGUCCCUGGAGGAUGUGAUCACAGCCGUUGAUCUGGCACGCACGACGCUGAAUCGCAUACGGUUCAACUACGUGUGGGCGCUGGGUUACAACGUGUUGGGUAUCCCCAUUGCUGCUGGAGUGCUCUACCCCAGGUUCCACAUCCUCCUGCCCCCCUGGAUCGCCGGUGCUUCCAUGGCCCUGUCAUCCGUCAGUGUGGUGUGCUCCUCCCUGCUCCUGCAGCGCUACAAGCGCCCCGCUAAGCUCGACCUCAUCUCUCUGCAGGUGCAGACCGGCAUGAGGAGCAAGAGAAAGAAGGGGGGUGGUGCAUCGAGCGAGGCGAGAGAUUCUCGGACGCGCGAGUCAAGCAGCAAGGUCGACAAGGGAGGGAAGCCGUUCCAGCAGCAGAAGCUAUCGUUCGAUCUGGUGGAUUUAGACGACCCGGUGAGCGCCAGUCAGUCCACGAGUUUCAACUCCACCCAAGCUUGGCGCAUUCCUAAUCGCAAGUCGCGUUCCGAAGCCGUCCCGCUUCCCGGCGCCUUGCCACGCACUGGCGACCCGAGCUGUGCCAGUGGUGACGUGACACCUAACAGCGGGGAUGGCGAGGGCGGAGAGGGCGCGGGGCUGUGGGUGGAUCGAUUCGCGCCCAAGUGGGAGGGCGAUCUGGCCGUGCACCGCAAGAAGGUGCAGGAGGUGGCGCAGUGGUUCGACGCGCACUUCGGCCCGCCUGUCACGCACAGGCCGGUGCAGCACAGCAAGGGAAAAGGCGGCAAGCCCAAGGCGGCGGGAGGGGAGCGCAUGGGCAGUGCCAGUGGAAAGGGGAGCUCAUCGCAGCAGCCCAGCAAGGUGCUUGCGCUGGUGGGACCCCCAGGAUGUGGAAAGACGGCGCUGGUGCACGUGGUGGCAGCAGCGCGGGGAGUGACGGUGCAGGACUGGCAGGCGCCCGUGCCGCUGCUGUGGGAUGACCGCCGCCACAUCCGCUCCUCGCAGGCUGCUGCUGCUGUUGGUGCUGAUGGUGACGGUGAUGGUGCUUUGAGCGAUGCCAAGGAAAAAAAGCAGGUAGCAAGGCGUGGAAGUCAGGAAGGCGGCUCGCAAGGGGCCGUGGCGAGAGGGCGGCAUGCGGCAGCAUCUCCAAUCCCAUCAUCCCCUCUGCUCCCGCCAUCACCGCCACCUCUACCAGCACCGUUAUCACCACCCGCCUCGCCCUCGCCCGCCGUGCCUCCACGCCAUGUGCUGCUGAUAGACGACCUGCCGUACGUGUCGGGGCGGCAGCGCUGUGACGCGCUGUGCCACGCCAUGCACUCGCUGGCCGCGGCCUCACAUGUGCCUGCCGUCGUGGUGCUCUCCCUCCCCACCGCCUCCACCACGGCUGCCAGCACCUCUGCUCAUGGCGGUGCACGUGGAGGGGUGAGGGGCGAGUGGAGGCAAGCGGAUGGGGUGCCAACGCGGGAUGUGCUGGAUGCAUUGAUGAGUGGCGGCGCUCACAAGGUGGAGUUCAACCCCAUAGCACCGGGUGCCAUGCACAAGGCACUGGCGGCUGUAGCAGCGGCAGCUUGGUCACCGCUUGCGGCCCCGGCUGUAGCGGCUGUGGCGGACAGCAGUGCGGGGGACCUGCGCCACGCCAUCUCCCAGCUACAGCUGCUCUCCCUCUCCACCCGCCACUCCCCCUGCCACACGUGGGACCCUGGGGGUGUUGGGGGCGGUGUGGGGAAGGGGGGUAGUGGGGGAGGAGAGGAGGGUGGCGGAGACAAAGGAGGAGUGUUGGGGCGUGGGAGUGCUGGUGCUGCUACUUCUGGUGCAGGGAGGAGCAGCGGAGGUGCAGAGGAUUCAGUGAUGGGUGCGGGUCGUGACGACCCGCUGUCUCUCUUCCAUGCGGUGGGCAAGUUUCUGCACAAUAAGCGCCUCCCUGCAGCUCAGCACAUGCCAGCAGCGGGGGAGCGGAGUGAGCAUGAGUGGGUGGCGAAUCCACUCAGGUGGCAGCAGUGGGCGCAACCCAGCUCCCAGCAGUGCGCUCAUGGCCCUGAACCAUCUGCUCGCAAUGCUGGCGGUCGGAUGGGAGGAGGCAGUGCAGUGGCAGUGCGGCAGGAGUUGCAGCGAGCGGCAGUGGACAUGGAGGCAGCUGAGGUGAUCAUUCAGCGCGCCCAGCUCACCCCGCUCAAGCUCUGCUGCUACCUGCAUGAGAACAUGUUGGACAUGCUGCAUCCGGCUGACGGCUUGGAGGCUGCCGUAGGUGCAUCUGCUGCCCUCAGUGACGCCCUUACGCUCCUCUCCUCCUCCUCCUCCUCGCACCUCUCCUCGUGGUCUGGUAGCAGCAGCAUGGCAGCAGAUGGCACGGGUGGGGGGGAUGAGGAUUUGUCACCUGCAGCAGUGCGCGCAGCAGCAGCAGCGUCAGUGGCAGCGAGGGGAGUCAUGUUCUGGAACACUCAGCCUGCUCCUAAGCGACCAUGGCUGUGUGUACCAUCUUCUGCAGGUUCUUUGCCUUCCGCUCACCAGUUGUUUGGGCCAAUGAAGCACAAGUGCGGCGCAAUAAGGCAUCACUUUUGGAGUUGCGCUAGGAGCGCGUCACGUCUCUCCACUUCAUUCAUCGCCGCGCCGCUUCCGGCUCGCCGCCAUGCCAGCGCUUCGCGAGCAGUCGUGGCGGCACCACACAGGAGAUUUGAUGUGCGGGCUAGCUUCGGCGCACCCAGCUCUGGCGCUCUGACGCCGGAGUUGAAGGCGGCACUAGAUAAGUUCAUUGCUGAGAACAAAGUUAUCCUCUUUAUGAAGGGCACCAAGCAGUUUCCGCAGUGCGGCUUCUCCAACACCUGCGUGCAAAUUCUUAGCACGCUAAACGUGCCAUUCGAGACAGUUAACAUUCUCGAGGAUGAGAGGCUGCGACAGGGCAUGAAGGAGUACAGCAGCUGGCCUACUUUUCCCCAGCUAUACAUCGAUGGGGAGUUUUAUGGCGGAUGUGACAUUACUAUCGAGGGUUUUCAAAGUGGGGAGCUUAAAGAGACAAUUGAGAAGGCUCUGCUAAGCUGA